GAUGUUGGAGGUUGAAGUGGGACAUCACAGCGUGCUGGUGACACGCAGCGAUGGCAAAUACAGUGCCAUCGGUAACCAGUGUACACACUAUGGCGCCCCACUCAGCAAAGGUAAACUGAUGAAUGAGUUUGUGCGCUGCCCGUGGCACGGUGCCUGUUUUAACGUCCAAACAGGAGAUCUGGAGGAGUUUCCCGGCAUGGACUGUUUACCUUGUCACAAGGUCAGAAUUCAAAACAGCAAAGUGUAUGUGACCGUAAGCAAAAAGAAUGUGGGUCAUGAGAAAAGAAUAAAGAAUAUGGCGGCUGCAAUGCCAGGAGUCACUCACACUGUUCUGCUGGUGGGAGGAGGGGCUGCGUCAUUGAUCUGUGCUGAGACUCUGCGGCAGCAAAACUUUGGCGGCAGGAUCAUCAUGGUCAGCAGAGACGAGCUUUUACCUUAUGACAAAACCCGACUCAGCAAGGUAAUGAAUGUGGAGAGCGACAGUAUUGUGCUGAGGAGGAUGGAGUUUUACCAUCAGUACGACAUUGAGGUGUGGCUCAGGAAAGAAGCGCUGGCCGUGGACACAGACAAGAAAACUGUCACAUUUAAUGACGGUUCAGUCCAGAGUUACAAUCAACUCCUCAUCUCGACAGGCUGCAGAGCCAAAGGUCUGGACGUUCCAGGCAUGAAGCUGAACAACGUCAAGAUGCUGGAGACACCAGAGGACGCUCGGCAAAUCCACGCAGCCUGUCUCGGCUGCAAUGUCGUCCUCGUGGGAACGUCUUUUGUUGGCAUGGAGGUUGCAUCUUAUUUAAUAGACAAAGCUGCCAGCGUCACAGUAAUCGGCAGCAGUGAGCUGCCGUACCAGAACACACUCGGCCCUGAAAUUGGCAGAGUCACUAUGAUGAUGCUGUCGGAGAAAAAUAUACGAUUCUUCAUGAACGAUAACGUGAUAGAGGUCAAAGGUGUGGAUGGCAAGGUAAAGGAGGUUGUGCUUAAAAGUGGAAAAGUGAUCCCAGCUGAUGUUUUGAUAAUUGGUAUUGGCAUCCUUCCCAACUCAGAGUUCCUUCGGGGCAGCAAAAUACAGAUGGACUCAAAAAACUUUGUUACAGUCGACAAGCACAUGCGCACCAAUGUCCCCGAUGUGUACUGCGGCGGUGACCUGGCCACCUUCCCCCUGGCGAUGGCCAAAAACCGGAUGGUAAACAUCGGACACUGGCAGAUGGCGCAAGCACAUGGGAGGAUAGCAGCCCUCAACAUGUUGGAUAAACGAACUGAACUCAAUUCAGUUCCUUUCUACUGGACCGUCCUACUGGGUAAAACCAUGCGAUAUGCAGGCUAUGGGGAGGGAUACACUGAAAUUGUAAUGAAAGGAAAGGUUGAGGAGAGGAAGUUCCUGGCAAUGUACAUCAAGAACGAUGAGGUCAUAGCAGCAGUCAGCCUAAACUUCGACCCUGCGGUGUCUGCCAUUGCUGAGAGGUUCACAUCAGGAAAAGUCAUCACAAAGAAAGAAGCUCAAUCACAUGACCUGAGCUGGCUGCAGCUGUCUUAA